CCUCUCCCCCAGGACAUUCUCAGGGCUCUCCCUGGGCCAUGGCUCACUCACCCCUGCCAGACUAGUCUGCCUGGUGGGUGGCACAGCUUCCUGCCCUUCAGAGGGGCCCUGGGGGUAGGGUGCAGGGAGAGGGUGGACAGGGGCAGCUCCAGCAGUCCUGAGGCCCUGUGUAUCACCUGCCCAUUUCAGGCAUCAAUAUUUAUGAGCCAGCGCCCCAUACUGGCCCCACUUGGCAGCCCCUGGAGAUGCUGGGUAACUUCCGUGGGUGGUACAUUAGGACAGAGCAGCUCCAGCACAGCUGCAGCUGGACGGUGAAGCAUCAGUGUGUGGAUCUGCUGGCCGAGGGCCUGUGGGAGGAGCUUCUUGAUGACGAGCAGCCAAACAUUACUAUCAUGGACUGGUUUGAGGACAGCCGGCUGGACGUGUGUGUCUAUGAGUUGCACGUCUGGCUGCUGGCAGCUGACCGACACACCAUCAUUGCUCAGCACCAUGUGGUCCCCCGGACCUCUGGGAGGGGCCCUCCUGGCCGCUGGGUCCAGGUGUCCCACGUAUUCCGCCAGUAUGGCCCUGGUGUGCGUUUUGUCCACUUCCUGCACAAGACAAAGAACCGCAUGGAGGCUGGUGGGCUGCGGCGAACAAGGGUGACUGACUCCUCCGUGUCUGUGCAGUUCAGGGAGUGACUGGCUGUUUUGACCCCUUGUCUCAUCCUGAGUGUCUGACUUCAUCGCCCUCCCGCCCCCCCUCCCCCCCCCCCC